AUGUUGCCGUCUCGUCCUCACCAUGCGCGCAAUCCGCUGCAUCCACCCUCUUCCCUUGCUAGGUCUGGUUCCUGCCCAGCAAAGCUCAAGCCAUCAGUGCAGAUGCACGAAGUCCAGACUCCUGUCAUCGUCGAGGGCAGCAACGUUUGGGCAGCAAAGAGGUCGGGAUCGGAGUUCCAGGCUCGUCUUGGCGUUUGGGCCAUGAAGCGGCAGUGGAGCGAGGCGACGCUGACAAAGCCAAGCCCGGUCCUUGCACUUCGGGAAGAACUCUUGUCACCCUUUCAGAAGAGCCAGCCUCACAAACGUGGUUCCUGUGGCACGUCGGCGAUUUGGCAAAUCGGGAGCAGGAAAGCUUGUAUUCAAGGCUGGGAGCCGCUCAGUCCGCAACGCGAGCAGAAGGAGCAGGUCCUUGCAGCGCCGCUGCACAGACUGCCGGCAGCGCAUGCAGCACAUGGCAGCCCCUCUCCCGUGAAAAGUCCGCGCCUAACUGCGCCGCCGUUGCUACCACCACAGUCCUCGCCACCCAGAGAGGAUGCCGUGCCGCGUGCCCGCGUGGCAAUCGUAGGUGCUGGGCCGGUUGGUCUUUGGGUAGCCGUGCUGCUGGCCCGUGCACACGCACGUCUUUUUUUCACUGCGUCUGGCUUUCGCAUCAAACGCCUUCCUGGAGCGCCGGACAUCAACGUCUUUGAACGUCGCACCGAUGAGGGUGGCUGGGGCUCGCGCCGUAUUGUACUGGCUAUGUCAAACGCCUCGCAGGAUGUCCUCAACAGUCGACUCAUGUCCGAGAGGGAGCUCUGUGCGCAUCAUUGCUUCUCACCCACCUGCUCCAUCAACCUCAUCGAAUCCAUCCUCCGUGAG